GUCACUGUUGGUACCCCUGGUGACUGUAUUAGAGAUUACUCUUUGAUCAGUUCUUCUUCCGGUGGAGGUCUAGGGGGUGAUAAAAAUGGUUCAGCGUCUGGUGUAUCGACGACGCCUGUCGUACAACACGAAAAGCAACAGGAGGCGUGUUGUCCGUACUCCGGGUGGAAAGCUGGUAUACCAAUAUUUGAAAAAACCUAAGAAGAUCCCAAGGUGUGGACAAUGCAAGGACAAGCUGAGGGGCAUAGUUCCAGCUAGGCCAAUGGAAAGGUCAAGAAUGUGUCGCAGGAAAAAGACUGUGAAAAGGGCAUAUGGUGGAGUCUUGUGUCAUAAAUGUGUAAAGGAAAGAAUUAUUCGUGCAUUCCUCAUUGAAGAACAGAAGAUAGUCGUCGAGGUGCUGAAGGCUCGUCAGUCAUCUGGAGAUGCAAAGAAAGCUGAUAAAUAAUUAUCAAUGGACAUAUUUAAUAAACUAUAAAAGUUAUUAAACUGAUUUUUUUUGUAA